ACAAUUAUGUCUUCCGUGUUUUAGAAUUGUCAAAUUUUGUAUGUGAGGUAUAGUGGUGUUCUGUCCAAAUUUAUAGAGAUUUGAAUAGGUUUUUUCUUUUCGAAAUUGAAUAUUUUGAAAAUUUUCAAAAAUGUCUCACAAUCUCAGAGAAUCGUUAAUGUACGACUGCAAUUAUAACCUCUUUUUGGUUAAGACUAUGUUGCCGAAUGUUCGUAAUGUACAAGACCGACAGACUGCUGUUAGGUGGUUAAGGUUUUUGAAAAAUUGUGCCAAAAGUAUUGACGAGAUGAGACUGAGAAAUGACUUUAUGUAUUAUUUGGUAUUGAAUGUGCAGGAGGGUGUUUUGAAGGCACCCUUCAAUAAACCACCCCCGAAUGCACCUCUGAUGUCGAUAGCCAGUCUUUUGCCAGGUACGACUGAUAUUUUGGAAGAAGGCGAUACGAGUAAUGAAAAAUUCGGAAAAAUCGAUCAGACCGCAAGUGGAGUCGCGGGAAUACCCAAAAAAUCUCAAAUAAUGCAACGCUCUCCGGACGGGGGUGAAUUUUUGGCAUCUCAGCCAAUACCCGACGUCGGUGCUUUCUGUUACAUGGCUGUGAUCACUAAGAAAAGAAAUUAA